AUGUCUGGCGCUGUUGAAUUUGCCAAAAAAACACAAGACAAGUUAGUUGAAUUAGACACAAAACGUCGUGAUGCUCUAUCAAAGCUUGACGACUCAACAAUUAAGUUGGUCCAUUAUCGAGCCUGUGUGAUUUCAGGUUUAGGAUUUUUUACUUCGGCCUACGAUCUAUUCGUUAUUAAUCUUGUUUCAGGCAUACUUGGGUAUGCCUACUUUUCUGCUGAGGAUAAGACAAAUAAUUACGUUCCCACAAAUCUGGAUACCGGAAUUAAGACUUCGGCUGCCAUAGGAAAUGUUAUUGGACAGAUAUUGUUCGGAUGGAUGGCUGAUAAAUAUGGUCGUCAAAAAGUGUACGGAAUUGAACUCUCGAUUAUGAUUGCUGCCACUGCAGGGACAGCUCUCGCCGCAGAUUCCUUUUCCAUUAGCAUGUUUACCGGAAUUAUAUUUUGGCGUAUUGUCUUGGGUAUAGGAAUUGGGGGCGACUAUCCACUCUCUGCCG